AUGCCAUAUUUGAAGCUUCGAGAUGGAGCUGAACUCUUUUAUAAGGACUGGGGCAAUCCCGGAGGAGCCAUUGUUACUUUCUCCCAUGGUUGGCCCUUGAGCAGUGACAAUUGGGAAAAUCAGAUGCUGUAUCUCGCAGAACAAGGCUUCCGUGUUGUUGCGCACGAUCGCCGUGGCCACGGGCGUUCUACUCAGACCUGGGAUGGGAACAACAUGGACACCUUUGUCGAUGACCUCGAGGAACUAUUUGCUUAUCUGAAGGUCAAAGAUGCUGUGAUGGUUGGCCACUCUCACGGUGGAGGGGAAGUGACCCAUUAUCUCGGAAAACAUGGCACAGGUCGUUUCAAGAAAGCCGUUUUAGUCGGUGCUGUGCCCCCUCUGAUGGUAAAGACUAGUGUCAACGCCGACGGGAUUGACAAAUCCGUUUUCGAUUCGUUUCGAGAGGCGAUGCGCAAAGACCGUGCGCAGUUCUUCUUGGAUGUCCCUAGCGGACCGUUCUUUGGCUUUAACCGACCUGGUGCACAUAAGAGCGAAGGCCAAAUUCGUAGCUGGUGGCAGCAGGGGAUGAAUACCAGCUUCAAGUCAGCGUACGACUCGAUCAAGGAUUUCUCGGAAACUGACUUCACGGAAGAUCUGAAGAAGAUUGAUAUCCCAGUGCUAGUUCUGCAUGGGGAUGAUGACCAAGUUGUUCCUAUCAAAGCAUCUGGACUGAAGUCGGCAAAACUUCUCCCUCAAGGCAGCCUGAAAAUUUACAAGGGAGGAUCUCACGCUAUUCACAACAUCAAUGUUGAUGAAGUUAACAAAGAUCUUCUGGAUUUUAUCAAGUCAUGA